GCUAUGGCUAUUGACCGAACUUGGCGGACCGGCCGGUCAGCUGUGCGCCGAGCCGCCGGAGAUAUUUUCUCUGGUAGGAAAUCGUCCGUGUAGAUGUAUGAUUCGCGGCCGGUGGCAACGGCAAAGAAAAGUCUAUUAGAGAACGGAAUCUAGUGUGUUAGACGGGAUCUGUGGAAAAGUUGAAACGCUUCGACAAGGAUCGGCGAAGGUGGAAAGACAGAAGAAAGACUAGAGACAAUAUCGGACAGCUAGACAUAGAGAGACCAUAUCAAGUAUCGUAAUACGUGACCGGCGAUCGCACGGAAAAUUAAUGGUGCUACUUAAAGCGAUGUGUACUUGUUUAAUAAAUCGAAAACAUCGAUCUUAGCGACUUGGGAUCCAGUGAAAGCCAAAAAGUUGGAAAUCUUCUCCGUAUGCUUGUGGAUAAUUUAAUAAACUUACUCAAUGAAAUAAGAGGACAUUGGUGAAACGGAAAAAAAGAAAAGAGACGAGAUAGAGAAGAGGAAAAGGGAAAGAAAUUGAAGACUUGGCCCACGGUUAGUCGGCACGUAGACCGGCUGUGUAUGGCGAGCAGACGAAGUGAAGGAGAGAAAUAUAAGAGAGAGUAAAGGAACGAAACGUGUGAGAGAAAGAAACAAUAGUGGCAAAGGUAGAAAAAGAGAGGAAAGAGUGAAGGAACGAACAGCGGUUGAGAAAGAGAGAGAGAGAGAAAGAGAGAAAGAGAGAGAGAAAGAGAAAGAGAGAGGAGUAUCGCGAAGGAAAGAGGCAGAUGUAUAGAUAGGUGUCGUGCACAUACAUGCAGAAAGUGACGUGUGUGCCGUCGUCGUGUGUGCAGGUGUGCGCGUGGUGCAGGCUGCCGGUGCAAAAAGUGCAGUGCCCAGUGGACUUUUCCAUCUCGUGCGUGCGCUGUUUCUACGAGUAGGCACGUAUAUGCCGGUGUUCCGGUGUACACUGAUCGGAGAACGAAUAAUACGGUAAGAAAGUUUGAUAUCAUCGUUUUCUACGCCGGUUAUGCUCGAUUAACAAAAGAUUUAAAUUCGUUUAAAGAUUAAGUGCACCGAAGUUUUUUAGGAUGAAAUCGAGUUAGGAAUGUGUCAAUACACAAGAGGAAUUGUAAAAAAUUGGAAAGCAAGAAUUUUGUAAUAUAAUUUUGAAAAACCUUUCGAAAUAUAUCGUUUGAAUAGAACGAUAGAAUCAACGAGGAAAUUAUAUAUGUAUAACGAGAGAGAGAAAAGAAACGAGGUAAUAAGAUCGUCCGUGACAAACUGCUUUACCGACAGAUUCGUUGACUCGCUGUUGGUAAGAUACCUCUAUAAUGAUCUAUCGACGAGGAAGAACGUGAGGCAGACCGAGGAGACGCAGCAGUCGCAGAUUACUGGUGGUCGUGAUAAGGGCAAGCGCGGAUGUAUUCCGUUUUGUGGAUGUGAUCGAUGAUCUUUGCGCGGAUCGUUUGAAUUAAUAAAUCCACUUUAUUAUCUAAAGAACAAAAAAUAUGGAAAGUUUGUUGAUCAGUUUUAUCGUGAUGAUCGAUUGUGAAAUUUUUAAAAAAGAGUCGUCUGAUUUUCGAGCAACGUUGUGUGACUUGAUGUGAACCUGUGAAAUUAGACGAACACGUUUCUUUUACAAAUGAUUCUUCCGUUUGCCUGUUGCCGCAAUUUGAAAGCUAUUUUAUCUAAUCCGUCUUGAAUUAACGCAUACUAUUAAGGCGAUAGACAGGAGCCGGUUGUUUCAUCGCGAUUAAACGACGGUGGUGUGAAGGUUAUGAAGAUCCGGAUCACUAACGUGCUUUCUUCACGCUCUCUAUCUCUAUCUCUCUGUCUACAAGGAAGAUUGUUUUUUAAUUUUCAACGAGAGAAUAGAGGUUACGAGAGAAGCCACACGAAACGAGCAACAGAAGAGGAUAAACGUUAAUAGACACGUUUGAUUGAGUAGGCACGGUAAUCGGAGAUCGAGGUGCGCGCAUGUCGCUCGAUCCACGACCGAUUCGAUCUGAAGCGUAUAGCAAACUUGUUCGACCGCAUUGGUAAAAUAAUUCGAUCUAAUUGACGAAGGGAACCGCUUUAAGGUCACCUGGAAUUGCUCUCUCGAAUAACCCACGAGGUACUCUCUUCUCGUCUAUACAGGCUCGCGGGACUACGUUGAAAAUCGUUCGGUGUCGUUGCUUGACGAAACCGGUUUCGUUCGGCUCGGCGAAUCUCGGCGUUUAUACAAAGGUCGUGUGUGCGCGCACGAGAGAGAGUGGUAGGAGUGAGAUUUAUGAAAAACGAAUUUACGCGAGGUCACACCCACGGUAGUGACUCUUUCUUUCUCUCUCUCUCUUUCUCCCUCUCUCCCUCUUUCUCUCUCUCUCUCUCUUUGUUCUGUUUUUUUUAUUUUCUCCUCUUUAUCCGUCUUCCACGUUGUCCGUCUAUUUCCAUUUCAAGUAUAUUAAUAAUAAAGGACAAAAUUGAGAACCGAAUCACAUCGUUGGAUCACGUCACUUGAGAAGAGGUUACCCAUUGGAAAUUCGACGGAUCUUUUUUUUUUUUCUUUCUUUCUUUACUCUCUUUAUCUCUCUUCAUGCUAAUAACGAGUGGAAUCUUUCCUUCUUAAAGAUAUCGACGUGUUUGGCGAUAAGCUAACUAUCGAAUAUGAAACGACACGUUUCUUCGUGGCUGAUCAGCAAUUAAUAAUGCGACAAUUAAACGAACGAAGCCGGUUUCAAGCAGUGUUCAGUGAAUCUUUUCGAAUAAAAUAAAAGAAAUUGAAAAUCAUGUAUUGUUGUUGAUCGUGAGAAAAAAAAAAUACAGAGAUCGACGAAUCACGAUCCAUUCUACGUUUGUCUCGAACUAAUUCUCAAUCUUGGAGUUAUUUGGCAUCUUUUCGAAAAAAAAAAAAAAGAAAAGAAAAAAAAAGAAAAGAUUUAAAGCGUAACUUAAUCGCUAGAUCGUUGGUGGCGACAUGCGAGUAACCUUGCAACGCGAAUCAAUUGAAGCGAUUACGUUUUUAACACGCGAGAGUCGAACGGUGGUGAAUCGGUGUAUCCUGGAGGACGACAGGGAUCGGAAAGAAAGUAAGUAGAAUAAGAAGAAUUGGUCGCGACUUGGUUGUAUCGUGAGCUGUUGUUGCGUGUUCCGUAAAAACGGAACCGAGAGCACUUGGGGCUGACGAGGCUAAGGCGAUGAUGACGGGCGAUCCGCGUCGAUCGAGGGAGGCUCAGGACUCGCCGGAAAAUAACAACUUGAACUUAAAAGCCUCCGUGGAAGUAUUUAAUAAAACCUAGUCGUGGCUGGAGUUUUGAUGACCGUGAUUGGCCUCAGCGAUGAAGGGGGCGUCGAGUGCAUCCGGUGCAGCAGCUGCGACCGCUGCUUCGCAGGUGCAGCCUGUGGUCGGCUUACACGGCAGGAUACACGAUCUCUUUAGCCCGAUAACGGCGGCGAGCUGUGCGGACAAGGAGGAAUACGAGAAGCUCGCCGAAACGAAAACCAGGACAGACAAGAUCGAAGUAUUGCCCAAGGGAUACUCGAACGAUGACACUAAGGCUAAGUCCACGGCCAUGUCGCGGCUCCUAGCCGUUGAUUCUGACAAUUACAUGCUCCGCAAAGGCGCCACUUCGGCCAAUGGCGCCGUCGCCUCGACGUCCACCGUCCCCGCGAUAGUGCCGGCAGCCUCUAUAUCGAACGCCUCCUCGAUCGCACAAAAUUUGCAACUGCAUCCCAGACAGAUACCACCACCGCGUAAUUUUCACACGAAACUCGGUUUCAACAGCAAUGGAACUUACAGUGAUCUCGAAACCAGCAUUGCGAUCACGGCAAAAACUUGUACCAGCUCGAUUAAAACUAUGCCUGUCAACGAUCCUCCUCCACCAUCGGAACCACUCAAUUCUAAAGGAAGUGCCGCGUUGCUCUUGCCUAAACGACAUACCUCCGUUAAUCAGCAACAAAUCCACCCCGUUAACAAUGCCGCUUCCUCGUCGUCCUCCUUUUGCUCCGUCACUUCUCUAACUUCGACCAAGUUUCUAAAUCUUCCUAUAAGCCGGAAGCAACAAUUUUCGAAACUAUCUUUGAUCGCGGAUCAAUUCCGAUCGAAUCCAACGUCGAAAAGCGCUUCGAAGGAAUUGCUCGAAAAUGCAGAGGAAUUUUCGCAUCUAUGGCCGAGCGGGUUAUUUCCUUGCGCGAGAACAGUAUCAUUUCAUCAGUAUCUGUGCUCGUGCAAUGAUUUCUCACAACAGAACAGUGAAUCGUCGAUGAAUGGUAAUGCUUACGAUGUAAUGGCAGAGGAGAGCGUCUAUUCGAAUUCAAUCGGUCAUGAGGGCUUUGGUGGUGAUAGCGGACAGCGUGCCCUUGACAAGGGCACUGGAGCCGGCCGCGAGCCGGCUACUAUGCGUAAUCUAUGUUGCUGCAUGUGCGGUUCUCUAUGUCCUCCAGAGUGCCAUGCGUGCUUCCACGUGGUCUGCUCGGAGUACAGCGGGCAGCACCUCUGCCAAUGGAGUAGCAAGGGUCACGCGCUACCGGGCCAGGUUCUCGACAAGGACAAGCCCGUGAGCGAGUGGACAUCUUUAAACGUUGUCGAAUGGAUGGCUGCUCUAAAUCUCUACCGCUAUGCGGACGUCUUCAAAUCUAAGGAUAUCAAGGGGAGCGAUCUUCCUUUCUUGGACCGGGAUAAGCUGAUGAAUAUGGGCAUCAAGGAUGACUUCCACCAGAAGACCAUCUUGGCUUGCAUCGAGGAGCUCUGUCAGACACCGGUGGUCGGUGCCACAUUGUCGGCCUCCACGACCACGUUGAACGCGUCCUCCGUCAAUGUGGCCAACGAUGCGAUCGUUGGUGGCAGCGGGUCCGUGGCCACCGGCAAUUCGCCUCACACCCUUAUGCCUCAGAGUUUCAGCGUGCUGGAGAAGUGCGAUAAGUGCCAUAAAUACCUCAGGGGUCUCCUGCAUCAAGGCUUUCUCUGUCUAGAUUGCGGUCUGGUAGCUCAUAGGACGUGUACAGCGACGGGUUUACCCUCUAACUGCUUGCCGGUCGACUCGGAAAAUCGUGCUCAUAGAUUUACUCCAGUAUUCGGUCUUGGCCUGUGCUCGCAAUUCGACAUCUCCUCGCGUCCAGCUCCGUUGUUGGUGGAACGAUGCACCAGUGCCUUGGAGGAGAAGGCAUCCGAGGACAGCACGUUGGAUCUGUACAAAGUCUAUCACAGUAGUCCUCCUAACGAGCAGACCUUGGAAUUGCGGCAAAAAUUGAACGAAGAUGUGUGUAACGCUGAUUUAAGUUCGUAUAGUGCACAAUGCGUAGCGGGCGUUUUGAAAAAGUUUCUUCGAGAAUUGCCAGAUCCUGUGAUCCCUGUACAGUUUUACGAUAGAUUUAUAGAAGCAUCGAAUAUGAAGAACGACGAACAGUGUGCAGCACGUUUGGGACAACUCGUCUCGGAACUUCCGGAACAUCACCGUAGUACCUUGUUUCAUUUGAUGGCUCAUUUUUGUCGGAUCUGUCAAUUACAACACGGAAGGGGUUACAUAGAACCCCCUACCAUCCUUAUACAAGUGCUGUGUCAUAUUUUCGUCAGACCAUCUUGGGAAAGGAUCGUACAAAUUGUUCACAAUAUAGAAGCUCAUAUACGAAUAGUGGAGGUGUUGCUGUUACACGGUGAUUGGAACGAGAGACUACCACAAUUUGCAAGUCCACCGCAAUUACCGCCUCGAAAAGUUUCAAGGCCGCAGUUUCCAGUUCUAGAUCCAUUCUCCGUUCUCGACGAGGAUAAUUCUAUGGAUCGGACAGUGUCAGUUUCAGAGAGCAAGGAGUCGCAACAGCAACCCCACAGACCACGCACCCUUCAAGAGGCUGAAUGGUAUUGGGGAGACAUCACCAGAGACGAGGUGAACGAGAAGAUGAUCGACUCGCCGGAUGGUACUUUUUUGGUACGUGAUGCGUCCUCUAAGGGUGGGGAGUACACACUGACAUUGCGCAAAGGUGGGACCAACAAGCUUAUCAAGAUUUGUCAACGGAACGGAAAAUACGGUUUCUCGGAGCCGUAUAACUUUCAUUCGGUUAUCGAGCUGGUGGAUCAUUAUAGGAAUUGUUCUCUGGCGCAGUAUAAUUCGACCCUAGAUAUUAAGCUAUUGUAUCCAGUAUCUCGGUUUCAACAGGACGAUGAAAUUGCGAGUACAACAGAUAUGGCGAACGUUGCCCAAAAAUACAUCGAGCUUGACAAAGAGAUAACGGACGCGUUAAAAGAAUAUAAAGAACUUUCGGAAUUAUACAAUAGAACGUCUUUCGAAGUACAGUUGAAACGACAAGCGUUGGAAGCUUUUUCGGAAGCUAUCAAAAUGUUCGAAGAUCAGAUGAAAUUGCAAGAGAAAUAUCAGAAAGAAGCUCAACCGCACGAGAUAUCAACAUUAACCGACAAUGCAGAAUUGCUGAAACGAAGACUGAAAUCUUUAGAAGAUAGUAGAGAACAAUUGGACGGUAGCUUGAAGGAACAAAUCGCUUACAACAGAACUUUAGAAAGAGAGAUGCACAAAUUGAAACCUGAACUCUUGCAACUUGUACGACAAAGAGAUAAGCAUUUAAUAUGGUUGAAAAAAAAUGGUAUGAAGCAAAAUAAAAUAAGUCAACUCGUGCUGAAUCAUUCGUUAUCGAAUCCUUUGUUGGGUCAUCUGGCGUACGGGGAACUUCAAGAGAUAGAUCUUGAGGUUCAUUCCGAUGAAAAGACAUGGCUUUAUCUGGAAUGUUCUCGUUCUGAUGCUGAUCGUAUUCUUGCCGAUAGACCGGAUGGUACUUUUCUUAUUCGAACAUCAAGAACUGGACAAUACGCACUUUCCAUCAUGUGUAACGGUACAGUGAAUCAUUGCAUAAUAUACGGUACCGAACGUGGAUUUGGAUUCGCUGAACCGUACAACAUUCACAAGAGUUUGAAACACUUGGUGCUACAUUACGCUCAGAAUUCUCUGGAAGAACACAACGAGAGUCUUAAUACGACUCUAGCUUAUCCGGCUUUUGCCUCGCCUGCGGCGUUAUCGAAGUUACAAAUGAAGAUGCACACGCAAAAUCAAUUACAGUUAACACGUCCUCUCGAAAAUCAACAUUAUAUGACGCACACGUAAUACCCGUGUGUCGAUCAGUUACAAAUAUAUUAGUUACAAAGAUAUUAGGAUAUACGUGUGCAUACGCAAGUUUUACUUGGUACAAGAUACUAAGAUUUGAAAUCGAAAGUGAAUGCGAUGACGACAAAUAAUUUUUCGAAGAAGGUUCUGCAAAAUUUAUAUCCAUUUAAUCGGUACAUAGGUGGUAUUAAGGAGGAACUUAACACGCGACAAUUGAUCGUUCCAUUUUUAUAGGCUGGAAGUAGCAAACGCUUCCUUAAACGAAGUACAGUGGUAUUGAUAACGAAGUGCGAAACAUUGGUAUAGCGAUAGUAAUCCUCGGAAGCUGUAGUAUAUAAGGUUAUAAUUAUAUACGUAUGUUACCGUGGCAGUAAUUGCAGUAGUAAUUGUUUUGGCCGACAGGAUCAAUGACACAUUUUACGCGCAAGAUUUUACACAUUUUCUCGAGGUCAACUGGUUUUGACAGAUCUUGUCGACAAUCAACGCAAAAAUUAACCGAGAGUGGAAAUAAUUUUUUUUGCUGUCCAUUUAUUUUAUCGAGAUAGGAAGAAACAUUUGGAUGUCGGAACGUGUCCCGUUACAUUUCUUUUUUUUUUCGAGAUGCACUUAUUCGAUCGAAUACGUCAGAGUAACAGAGGCAUAUAUCUAGUCUUAUAGGCAAAUUGAUGGAAGAAAUGAAUAAUAGAGCAGAACAAGGAAACAUAAGUCUGACCAUAGGCUCAAACUACUCGCAACUUUCGAUUGGUAAUCAGGGUAGUUGCAUUUCAUUAAAAAGGAAAAAAAAAAGAAAAAGAAAAAAAAAGGAAAAAAAAGAAGAAGAAAAAAGUAAAAAAAAUUUGAUACUAACGACUAAGAGAAGAUUGGAUGGAUGCAUCCGUUCAUUCCGAGACAAGCGGAUUGUGAACAAUAACAUUUCUUAGACCGCUGUACUUCUGACUCCUUCGAUUUUUUUUUUUUUUUUUUUUUUUUCUCUCUGUCUGUGAAUAUUUCCCGAACCUCCGUUUUUUGUAACGCACGAUAUAACGCGGUCGUCGUUUACGUCGCGAAUGUGAUCGACAAGGUGUAAGAUCUUCAACAGUGAUACUAGGAUAUAUUAUUAGACGGCAUCGCAACAUAACAUAAUCGAGCCUUUCGGAUGCUUACGGAACGUACAUUUUUUGUAGUGAUUUACAACAAUAUUAAAAAAAUAGCAUCUAUCACCGUUGAACAAGUCAACAAACAAGAGGCUCGGAUAUCUCGAUCGAUAUAUAUAUAUACUUCCUUUCGAUUUUUCGAUUUUUCGAUUUAAACGUGCCCGCCGCGUUACUUUCGAACUUCAUUACAACGAAAGAUAAAAAGAAAAAAAAAAUUUACACGGAUGCGCGGGAGCUUUUUUAUAUGUACGUUAGAUUUCAAGUGCUGUGCCAGAUCUGUGUAGGCUAUUACUACCCGUGUCUAAGGCUAAUAAACAGGUGUGAGUACUAAGAGAGUGUGAGAGUACGAGUGACAGAGAGGGAGAGCGAGAGGGGGAGAGGGAGAUCACUUUUCGAGAAGUUAAACAUAUUGUCUGUGAUUUCGGAUUGUCGAGAAAGGAGAUAUAUAUAUAAUAUUAUCUUGUCUGUUAUUUUCCAUUCGCUUUUUACAAUUUGCUUUUCUUCUUCUAUUAUUACUUACUGUUCUUCUUUUCCUUUAAGAUUUACGAAGCGUGUAAUCGUUGAUUCAAUAUCACGCGUCGAUUUCGACGGAUAUAUAGUUAUAAUUAUACAUCGCGGACAUUGUAUGUGCAAAAGCUAUUCGCGUGAUUUUAUUAAUCGUGAUUUUUUUUUUUUUUUUUUUUUUUUUUUACGUUCGAUUCAUCAGUACUUUUUUUCGAUACACCGCGUCGAAGUAUGAUCUCGUCGCGCUUCUUUCUCUUUCAACUCGAAGUAUUUCCGUGUCCCCGAAAACGCGUUGCGAAACGUCGAUUAAUAUUGAUUUUAUCCGUAUUCUCGUCGUAUCGAAUACGGGUGAAAUCUGUGCACGCAUAACGCGACGUUCUCGCAAACGUUAGACAGGAUCGAUCUCUUCUCGCUUUCAAAGACGUCGAAGCUUAUCGCGUACUCUUUGAAUGAUCUCAAAGGUGGCAGCGAGGGUUUGGUCGGUUGGGACGGUAACGGGAAGAAUCGUGGAAAGAAUCCGGUCGCGAUCGAAUCGAUCGACUCGAGAAAUUUUACGCAUUACAUUGCGGUCCGGUAAUCGUAAAAGUGUAUCGAGGAGACGAUUGGCGCGUACGCGGAUUCUUCGACUUGUAGCGGUCACUCGAGUCGAAACGACGAUUCGUCCCGUUCCUGCCCUUUCUCACGAUUCUCGUGAUCCACCGUAUAGUCAAAAGAAAUUGAAUCGUGCAAAUAUAUCGAGCGAGAAACAAUUAAGUUGAUGUUUGAAAGAGUCGAAAGCGGGGCGACGAGUUUUUAAUUUUCUUUUAUUUUUCUUCCGUUUGUUUGCGCAGUAUAGGAUGACGAAUAUUUCGAGGAUAGGCAAGCAAGAACCGUGGGCAGGGAUUAAAAAGAUAACUAGAAAGGGAAAAAGAUUACGGAAAAGAAAGGCUCGUUGCUCAUCCUAAUAAAAAAAAAAGCUUCGAAUUACAAUAGAUUUAGGUAGUUUAGGUUUUUUAUACGAAAGAAAGAAAGAAAGAAAAAAAAAAAAGAAAUUAAGUGCCCUGGCGCUGAUAGGCUUAUAUAGAUUCCAAUGGUGUCCAAUCGCGUGCAGGUGCAAUAUUCGAUUGUUGUUCAAUCGUGUUUGCCACCGGAUCGUUCUUGCAUCCCGGAUGUUUCGAUCGAUCCAAGUUAUAUUUAAAUGUAUAUUUCCGAAAAUCGAUCGUUCUCUUGGCGGAUUUUAAUCUAUUUCAUGUCGAACGUGUUUUUUUCCCCCGAUUUUAACGUUGCUUUUGCCAUUUUGCACGAAAAGAAAAUAUAAAUAAAUAAAUAAAUAAAAAAGGGGAGGAUUCGAGGAAAGAUUUUAUUAUUAACGGGAAGAAGAAGGAGAGCUACGUUAGAAUCGACGAUCAAAUUAAACACGUGCAAUUACAUUUUCAGAUUGAAAAUGUUUAAAACGAGCAAAGAGAACGAACGAUAUUUUGCGAAUACGAUUAUGAAAUAAGAUCGGAGCAAUCGGAGACGCGCGAUUCGGUGACGAAAGUGUGAGUUUUACGUUAUAAUCAGCUGUAACGGCGACGAGUUCGGGAUCCGCGUUGAAAUCUUGAAGUAGAAAUAAAUACGCAUAGAGAUUUUCGAAACUCAUGAACUCAUUAUCACUCUUUUUUCUAGAUGGUUCUCGAGUUUGAGAGAACAACAAUUCCGCUUCUUUUUUUUUUUUUUU